AUGCAGAAUUUGUGUCUGAAUGGCCAAAACCAUCUUUUACACAAGUGUAAGUUUAGUCUACUACCAUGCGAAUCCUCCACCACUACUGAGUCUUUUAGGUCUGAUCAACCUAAAUUCGAGAAGGGAAACACUGCUCUGGGUUUCCUUCUCGAAGAAGGAGGAAUUGUGGUUGCUGCUGAUCAUUCUAGCAAAUUGUCGAAGACUCCGAACAUUGUAACUGAAUUCUCUCACAUGCUGGCCACAAUAUCAGAGGAACCUUUGUCCAUUGGAAUACUGAUUGCCGUGUGGAACCAAUCGGAAAAAGGCCUGAAUGGUGAUGGGGAAGUUAUUAAAGGUGAUGUACUUGACACCGGAUCUGGUUCAGGUCCUGCUGCUGCCAUGGUGUACGAGGAGAGAGGCGUCAGCCUGCGCUCCCAGAAGCGCAAACCCAGAAUGACUGCUUUCCACCUAGGAAUUGACGGGUGCAAAAAGCUACACAAGGACUCUAUGGAAGAAUGGUAUCAGGAGCAUAUCAAAGUCCCAAGGACGAGGUUCGAGAUUAUUGGGAAAGGAUGGUGA